UAAUUCAUAUUUUACAACUGAAUCACUAACUCUAUUACCUUGUUUCCGAAAAUACCCUUCUCAAAUGCUUUGUUUGAUUGUCCUCUCUCUUUCUCAUCCUUAUUGGUCACACGAACAGAGCAGUCCAAUUUCUCUCCUUCUGACAUUUAUCUUCUCUCAGUGAUGGAGGAGCAGUUCGUGCUCAGAGUCCCACCUUCUGUUGCAGAGCGACUGGACCGCCUUCUGGGCGAAAACGCUUCUACCGACGACAAGUCGUUGGAUUUGUCAUUCGGAGAGGAUGGCAGGACUGGCACAUUUGUCAUUGGCAAUGACCAUUUCCCUGCAUCACUGUUUGAUCUUCCUUGUGUUGUGGAGUCGUUCAAAACAUAUGAUGAUAGUGUGUUAAUUAAGACAGCAGAUAUUGGUCAGAUGAUUAUGGUUAGAGACCCGAAUGACCCAGCUCCAGAAACAGUGGAGUACAGGCAUGGCCUCACCCCUCCGACAAGGGAUGCUCGAAAGCGAAGAUUUCGCAGGGAACCUGAUCUAAAUCCUGAGCUUGUCCGGCGUGUUGAGGAAGAUCUACUGAAUAUUAGUACAAGCGGACCAGCUGAUAAUAUUGAUGUUGAAGCAGCUGAGCAAGAAAAGGAUGGAGACGGAAAUGCUCGUAAUGCAAGUAAAAAGACUGUUGAAGAACCUAUGUCACAACCUGAUGUUCCAGAGGCAGCUACAAAUGCUGGGGAUCCCGAUAGAAGUGACUCUGAUGAAUCCGACGAUUCAAUUUGACCCAACUCCUCCUGCGGAUAUGCUUUUCCCUUUAAGUCUGCUUGAUGCGGUUGCUGAAAACAUACCCGAGUUUGCAGGGAUGUUUAUCAUAGUGGUUUUGUCACUUGGAAAAUCUUAAAGAAGAAAUACUUGUCCUCAACUUUGUAUUUAACAAGUCUGUUAAUAGAUUUUGCGCCUUAUUUGAAUAC